GCAACCUCACUAACAGACAGAGAGCAGGAGAAAGAGGAGGACGGGCAGUGAACUGAACUGAGGACAAAAAAAGAAGAAGACGUAGAGGAUGAAAGAAGCUCAAAGAGUAUAAAACAAUAGAGAGAUCUAAACAAAAAGGACAGGUCAGCAAAAACGUUCCACCUGAAGAGGCAGCUGUUAAGAUAUAAAGUAAAAGUUUUCUGAGGACCCUCAACAACAAAGGGACAAACAACUUACAGCUCAGAGAAAGGCAGCUUUCCUCCUGGAGGAGAAGGUGGACCACUGCUCAAGAGUUUAAGACAAAGGUCAGGACAAGCCUGCAUUAUUGCACUUUCCCAUGAUUCCCCUCGGUUCUCUUAGUUUCCUUUCUCUGCUGUCACUGUAUGCGGGAGCACUGCUGUCCUCUGAUGCAUCUCCAGCCUGCACGCAUCCUCCCUGCAGGGACAGUCUGGUGGCUGCUCCCAUCCAGCCUGGGACGGGAGCAGGAGCGGGUACCGGGGCCUGCGAGGGUCAAACUGGGACAACUGCCUGCAGGAUGGGGCUUUCACUUCCAGCAAUCUCAGAUGCUCCUCGGAAGGUGGAGCACAGGCACGACAUCACCCAGGUUCAGCCAAAGACUGGAGGUGUCAAAGAGCGUCUUGUUCAGCUGCAGCGCUGCAUGCGCUCUCUCCAGGAAACAGGGGGCCCCUGGAGUCACGGGGGCCAGGAGAGCAACUCCCUAGGGGCCAUCCUGGCACUAAUGGCAGCUGUGUUGACAGAGUGUGACCUCCACUGUCACAGCCAGGCCCUUGGGGCGAUGGCCAAACGACUGGAGAGUGCAGCUGUGGGAAGAGAGGGGGAGAAAGACCUGCUGCUUUUCCUAAAGAGCAUCACACAACAUCCACCCACAGUCGCCCCCUUGGAAAGGUUGCAUCCUCAGGACUGUGCCGAGAUUUACAGGCUCGGGAUCAAAGAGAAUGGAAUCUACACCAUCCAGCCUGACCUGCACAGGCCGGCUUUGGAGGCUAAAUGUGACAUGGAGACGGCGGGUGGUGGCUGGACGGUGAUCCAGAAUCGGUGGGACGGCUCGCUGGACUUCAACAGGACAUGGCAGGAAUACCAGGAGGGCUUUGGCAGUCCGCAGGGAGAGCAUUGGCUGGGGAACGUGGCACUGCACGCCCUCACUGCCACUGGCCAACACCAACUCCGCAUCGAGCUGGAGGACUGGCACCAGCAGAAGCGCCAAGCUACCUACAACAACUUCAAAGUGGCCUCAGAGGCACAGAGGUAUCGUCUAACAGCACGAGAGUACUCUGGUGAUGCAGGCAACGCAUUGAGCUACAGCAAACGUUACAACCACGACGGCAGAUCCUUUAGCACAGCUGACCGAGACCACGACCGUUAUGCAGCUGGAAACUGUGGUCAUUACUACGGUGCAGGUUGGUGGUUCGAUGCCUGUCUGGCAGCUAAUCUGAAUGGACGGUAUUACCGUGGGCGCUACAGCGGGGUGACCAAUGGGAUCUACUGGGGGACAUGGUACAUCCUGACAGACGGGCGGACUGGAGAACGCUAUUCUUUCAAGAGGGUGGAGAUGAAGACGAGACCCAGGAACUUUGUAGGAACAUCAUAAAGAUGUUGACAAUUCUCACAGAUAAUCGUGUGAACCACAGAUUUGUUUUAGUCACUGUGUGGACAUCACUUUUCUUAGAGCAGCUUUCAUAUCAUUUAUCAAUUACAUGCAGAUGGCAGCUAAUAGAUUAAAGAAAUAAAUAUACAAAAAUUAAUGUUUUAACAUCCACUAGCAGACUGUUUGAAACCACACUCCAUAUUACAAUAUUCUUUUGUUUAUCGAGCUCCUUCACUACGAUGGCAGAGGUGUUUCACACAAACUGCAUGUCCAAAUGCUUUGCAAAUUCAACAAAUACAAGUGCAUGAAAGGAAAACAUAAAUACGAAAGCCAUUAACUGGAAAUGAUGCACAACAGUUUUAUUUCUGUCGAGCAACACUUAUACAAAGUGUUGACAUAUAUGCAAUAAAUCAGCCUUAAUAUCGUGAUGCCUCCACACACAGGUACAGAUUAGGUGACAUCUCCAUGACUGACGUUAGCUAAAUGACGUAAUGCUAAUGUUACUGCAUA